AAAAAAAGAAAAAAAAAAGAAAAAAAAAAAGACCUUCAGGUCUGUGACUCUGUGACAAUUAAGAAAGCCUCAGAUCCGCCAUAGUCUUCUUCCUCCUCCAUCUUCCUCAAAUUUAUGAACCAUAGUCUUCUUCCUUCUUCAUCUUCCUCAAAUUUAUGAAAGCCUCAGAUCCGCCGUAGUCUUCUUCGUUCUUCAUCUUCCUCAAAUUUCCAAUGGCGGGAAGAUCAUCGUCCAUGAUCGUCGAUAACUCGCCGGGCAACGAUUUCGCCCUAACCAACUGCGCCUUCGUCUCCUCCCACGAUUUCAAGAAGUUCGCGCCUCCUGGAUCCGAUAGCAUCCUCGCCUCCGUCGGCGAUUCCUUGAUCCUAACCCUACGGGUUAGUGAAAAAAUUAAUGAUGGUCGUAUUGGUCUGAAUGCCGUCCAACGCCGGUAUGCAAAAGUUUCCACAGAGGACCAAAUAUCUGUUAGCAGGUUUGUACCGCCAGAAAAUUUUUCCCUUGCAAUGCUUUCAGUAGAGUUGGAGUUUGUUGUUAAGAGGGCUAAUAGAGCUGAACAAAUAGAUGCUAUUAAUCUUGCUCAACAGCUGAGGAAAAGAUUUGCUGACCAGGUUAUGACAGUGGGCCAGAGAGUGUUAUUUGAAUUUUGUGGAACAAACUAUAUUUUUACAGUUAAUCAGGCUAUGGUUGAAGGUGCUGAAAAAUCCAAAGGUUUGGUGAGAGGAAUUAUUACCUCUGACACGUACAUUGUAUUUGAAACUGUCCCAAAUUCUGGGAUUAAGGUAAUUAAUCAACGUGAAGCUGCCAGUAGCAAUAUUUUCAGACAGAAAGAGUUUAAUCUUCAAAAAUUGGGGAUAGGAGGAUUAAGUGAGGAAUUCACUGAUAUUUUUCGAAGAGCAUUUGCUUCUCGAGUGUUCCCUCCUCAUGUUGUUAAUAAAUUGGGCAUCAAGCAUGUUAAGGGAAUGUUGCUGUAUGGGCCACCAGGAACCGGCAAAACCCUUAUGGCUCGUCAGAUUGGGAAACUGUUAAAUGGAAAAGAACCAAAGAUUGUCAAUGGACCUGAAGUCUUAAGCAAGUUUGUUGGCGAGACAGAGAAAAAUGUGAGGGAUUUAUUUGCUGAUGCGGAGAAUGACCAGAGGGCUCGAGGGGAUGAAAGUGAUUUGCAUGUCAUUAUCUUUGAUGAAAUUGAUGCCAUAUGUAAGUCUAGGGGUUCAACAAGGGAUGGUACUGGAGUACAUGACAGCAUUGUGAAUCAGCUUCUUACAAAGAUUGAUGGUGUUGAGUCCUUAAACAAUGUGCUGCUUAUUGGAAUGACCAAUCGGAAGGACUUGUUGGAUGAAGCUUUAUUGAGACCUGGACGCCUGGAGGUUCAUGUCGAAAUAAACCUCCCCGAUGAGCAUGGACGUUUACAAAUCCUUCAAAUACAUACAAACAAAAUGCAUGAAAAUUCUUUUCUUGCAGCAGACAUCGACCUUCAAGAGCUUGCUGCAAGGACAAAGAAUUACAGUGGAGCUGAACUUGAAGGUGUUGUGAAAAGCGCAGUUUCAUUUGCUUUAAAUCGUCAGAUAAGCAUGGAUGAUCUUACUAAACCUCUGGAUGAGGAGAAUAUAAAAGUUACAAUGGAUGAUUUUCUGCACGCCCUCGAAGAAAUUGUUCCUGCAUUUGGUGCAUCUACAUAUGAUCUAGAAAGAUGCAGGCUUAAUGGUAUUGUUGAUUGUGGCGAGAGGCACAAGCACAUCUAUCAAAGAGCUAUGCUGCUUGUAGAACAAGUUAAGGUGAGCAAGGGUAGCCCCCUUGUUACUUGCCUUUUGGAAGGUCCUGGUGGCAGUGGCAAGAGUGCAAUGGCAGCUACAAUUGGUAUUGAUAGUGAUUUUCCCUACGUCAAAAUUAUAUCCGCAGAGUCAAUGAUUGGUCUCAGUGAAAGCACUAAAUGUGCGAAAAUUGUCAAGGUUUUUGAGGAUGCUUACAGAUCCCAGUUAAGCAUUAUAGUCCUUGAUGACAUUGAAAGGUUACUGGAGUAUGUUCCUAUUGGACCUCGCUUCUCAAAUCUGAUUUCACAGACAUUGAUGGUUCUUCUGAAACGGCUUCCUCCAAAGGGGAAGAACAUGCUGGUAAUUGGAACAACAAGUGAAGCGGGCUUUCUUGAGUCUCUUGGUAUUUGUGAUGCUUUCUCUGUCACUUAUCAUGUCCCUACAUUGGACAAACAAGAUGCCAAAAAAGUACUGCAAUCUCUCAAUGUAUUUGCAGAUGACGAUAUUGAUUCAGCAGCUGAAGCAGUCCAUAAUAUGCCAAUAAAGAAACUAUAUAUGCUUGUGGAGAUGGCUGCCCAGGGAGCAGAAGGUGGAAGUUCAGAAGCUAUUUAUUCUGGGAAACAGAAGAUGGACAUAAACCAUUUCUUUGAUAUCUUGGGUGAUAUUGUCUCUUUACGAGGCUGAUAACUCUUUAAUGUUUUUUGUAUACGCGUGACAAUGGGUGUGUUAUUGUUUCUGGGAUUUUUCCCCCUUCAUUUUUGCUUUAUGAGCUUCGAUCCCAUUUUUAUUUUUUAUUUUUUCUACCCUUUCUUCCCCAAACUGAUCUUUGCCUUUGCAUAUUGUCUUCUAAUUAUAUUUCUGUUGGAGUUUUGUGUUCUAAUAUGGUACCAUAUUUGGAAAGGGGGUUUCUAUCCAUAAUUAUGUAACACAAACAUGAUUACUUUACCCACGAUUUGGACCAUUUGUAUUGGUUACUGUGGCCUUGUUGGAAUA